AUGGUCGCAUCGGGUUCUUUGCGCCUGUUAUAUUGGAACUGUCGGGAGGCUUUGGGUAAGAAGGCUGAGGUUGACAAGAUGGCAGAAUCUUAUGAUAUUAUUUUUCUAGCAGAGACCUGCGCUGGGGAGGACCGAGAUUUCUGUGUUCAUGGAUUCGACUGCGUCCGCACUGAUGCAAAUUCAUCUGGUAAAAGAGGUAUGCUAGUGCUAAUUCGUAAUCCCAUUACUUAUGCUAUUAUUGAUCUCAUCUCUUAUCUUGAUUGCUCUAUUGAGGCCCUAGCUAUUAGUCUCUCUCUCAACAACUCUCAUCUUGUUUUAGUUGGCGCGUAUAGCCACCCCAACCUCCUUGCUCCGAGGGCUGCACUCUCCAACCUCAUCUCUUUUGUUGGUAGUUAUGACCCUGCUAUUCUCAUGGGCGAUUUCAACGCCCAUCACCCCCUGUGGGGGGCUGUUCGCUCUAAUACCGCUGGGCGGAUCCUCGGCGAGGGCAUCGUUGAUUAA